UCGAUUCGGAAAAAAGGAAAAAAAGUGAAUUUUCUGUGUCGCAUCGUGAACCUGGAACAAAUGAAAAAUUACACAGCCCGUAUUACAAAUUAAAAGAUUAUUUUGUUACAAAAUCGUGUUUGUAAGCGGAAUGGAGGAAUGCAGUCUUAUAAAGAUGGAAGGAUUGACUCCAACAAUAAAGACAGAAGAGCUUACAAUAUUUGACGCUGAGACCAUAGAAGAAAACAUUCCGCUCGCUAGCAGCGAACGGUGCUCUGGUGAACGGAUUGUAACGAACGCUCUGAGAAAAACUACAACUCAUGCGAAACAAGAACCUUCGACGGACAUCACCGAUGAAGUUAAGAGUGCAGCAGCUUGUGACGAAAUUCCAGCUCCGAGCUCCAGUAAUUCUGACGAUUCGGAAAUGCAUAAUACCGAUGUUAGUGAUCAUCCGCGAAAAAAGUACGCUUGUGAAUUCUGCAACAAAGAAUUAAGCACAAAAUACAUCUUGGAGGAUCAUAGAAGGCUUCAUACCGGGGAACGACCUUAUGCGUGUAAAAUCUGCAGCAGAACAUUUCGCACAGCUAAAACUUUACAGUACCAUCAGAAUGCUCAUACAGGAUACCGGAAUUUUGAGUGUGACAUAUGCAAGCGAUGUUUUACCCUAAAAUCGGAUUUAUCGUCCCACAUGAAUAUUCACCGCACAGAUUGUCCUCAUAAAUGUUUGAUUUGCGAUAGAAAAUUCGGUACUAGUUAUCAUCUCGUGGAUCAUAUGCGCACCCACAGCGAUGCGCGACCCUUUAAAUGCGACAUCUGUGACGCAUCAUUCAAGAGAAUAGGUAUUCUUCAAAGACAUAUGAAGAUCCACAAUGUGGAGCCUUCCCCGGGCAGCAAAACAGAGCGUUCAGAGGCGAACCGGACUGAGAAUAGCCGAAGCAAUGGAUCGGCAAAAUACACCUGCGACAUAUGCGGCAAACAGUACCUUCAAAUGAGACUGCUUCACUUACAUCGAAAGCAUCAUGAAACUGACAACACAAAGCUGCACGAGUGCACGAUUUGUGGAAAAGCAAAUCGGGAUAGAGCAGCACUCAUAACGCACAUGGUUUGUCAUACUGAAGAACGGUCUUUUGAUUGCGAUAUUUGCGGUGCAUCAUUUAAAUCAGCUUUACAUGUAAGAAUCCACAAGAAAACGCACACCUCCGAGAGACCACAUGAAUGCGAAAUUUGCGGAAAAAGGUUUAUAGUUCCCUCCACGCUAAAGCGGCACUUGUUUCACCAUACUAAUGCACGGCCUUUUAAAUGCAAUAUUUGCGGUCUAGCAUUGAGGUCAGAAUAUAGUCUACGAAAUCAUAAACAAAUGCAUAAUUUUGACCGCGAGAGCAUUACAUCCGAGCAAAAUCUUGUGACGCAUGUGGAUGCGCAAACUGAAAAAGAACUUUUCAAGUGCGAUAUUUGCGUUUUUACGUAUAAAACAGCUAAUGGUUUGAGAAAACAUAAGGAAAAGCACACCUCGGAAAGUCCGUUCAAGUGCGAAAUUUGCGACAGAAUAUUUCUAUUUUCUUACAGACUGAGACAGCACAUGAUUGGACACACAAAUGAACGGCCGUUUAAAUGCGACAGUUGCGGCUCAUCGUUCAAGAGAUCUCAUCAUCUACGCGCUCAUGAAAAAAGGCACACUUCAUAGUGCACUGUUUACUCGGAAGAAAGACCACAUUGACGUUCUUUCUUUAUCAAGAAACAAUAGGUUAUAGGCCCUAUCACUGUUUCGAACUGAAUAUCAGAAGACUGAAAUGGCCUCUGGAAAUCUAGUCGGAUCAAGCUCUGUUCAAUCCGUUUCAAGCUUGCCGGGAAUCGAAC